AUGAAUAAGUGGUCUAAUGAUACCCGAUUCAAUACUGAUGCAAUGCUCAUUGAACAAAAAACACUACCAUCUCCAAAUAAAAAUUUACAAGAUGAUUCAGAUAAUGAUUCUCUUACAGAUGUAUCAAGUAUUGUUGAAAUAAAAUCAUCAUUUAUGAACUACGAUCAUAAUAAUGCGACAAUGGAACAUAAGCCAACAAUACAAAACGAUACUUCAACACAUGAUCAAUAUGUACCUGAUGACCAAUUAUUUCAAUCAUUAGUUGAUUAUGCAAAUAGUUUUAAUUUAGAUGAAACUUUUUAUUCAAUAAUAGAUUUUAACAAUCAAUCAGGUUCUACCAAUUCAAUUAAACAACCAUCAACAAAACAACGAACACAAUCAUCAACAAGUCAUGUAUCAUCAUCAAUUGAAAAUAAUAGAUUAAUACAACAUACAAAUUGUGAAGACCAAAGACAUGACAUUCAAUCAACAAUGAUAAUCAAACAAGAUUCAACUAAAUCAAUACCCUCUCGUUUUUUUUCUCCAAAAAUAACUAAAGACGAUGAGAACAGUGAUGAUAAUACAACAGUUACAGAUAAAUCAAUAUUCGAUUGGGAAUAUUUACCUAAUCCCACAGAUCAUUCGAAUAAAUCAUCAACAAAUUUAUCUCAAACUUAUCAAGCAACAAAUAAUAUUAAUAACAUAACAUCCAACUCUUCAAAAGGUUCUCAAGCACUAUCUUCACCAAGUUUUGAAAAUAACAUAUCACCUUCACCAAUUAUUAUUCGUGAGAAAACUAAAGCUUCUGCCAUUCAACAAAAUAAAAACAAACAAUUCUUGCAUCCACAUAAUUCAUUAAUACAACCAGCUCCAAUUAUCAUUCGAGAAAUUUUUCAUAAAUCUUCUCCAUGUAAUCAAUCAAUUUCAAAACAUGAUUUACAAACAUUAUCAAUUGCUUCUAAUGAGUUUUCUCUCCCAUCGAAAUCAUUUAUCAAUCCCAAACGUAAAAUAAUCUAUGAAUCAAUACCACUAACACGAUAUGAACAUCAUGUUCAUGAACAGCCGAAAAAGAUUAUUAUUGAAUAUGAUCAAAUUAAUGUUACUGUUAAUAAAAAUAUCAAACAACGAAAAGAAAUUAAACGUGUUAACCCAAAUGAAUAUAUUCAACAAUAUGGAAAAUCUUUGUGUUCAAAUGAAGUGUUUCAAAAUCUACUAACAAAUAUUAUAGCAUAA